AUAUUCAAAAUCUUUUCCCUGAUGACUCGGUAUAACCAGCUGCUGCUUACUGGUGCCUGGUAGUAACCGGACACAAACCAAAACUAGAGCAGGUGUCUUCUCUUGUCUGUCUUCCUCGUUUGAGUCCAAGCAAGCAAAGUAGCAAACCAAGAACAAAGAAAUUUACCCAGCAAGCUCCAAGUUACAACCAAGAAGAGCCCUUCAGAUUGUAAUGGAGGGAAGGGAGGGCGUUGCAGUGGCAGGAGGCCAUGAAUCCGGUCAUGGUCUCUUCAGAGCAGACAUAACCAUGACAGAGGCGCAAGAAGCAGCAAAGGGGUACCAGUCCUCUCCCUCCUCGCCGUCGACGUCCCCCACGCCAUCCCCGCCACCGGCUGAAGCUGGCCACGGAGGGGAUGCCGCUGCAACUCCGCUUGCGUGGAGUCUGGGUGGGGACAAGCCGAGCGAGGCCGCGGGGGACAACGGCAUGCAGACGGCUGGGCAGAGUGAGCAUGCCAGCUUGAGCUCCGGACGGCGCAGGGGCCGCCCGCGCGGCUCCGGCAGGCGCCAGAUCCUAGCCACUCUUGGGGAAUGGUAUGCGCUGUCAGCUGGUGGGAGUUUCACACCUCAUGUCAUCAUCGUGGGUACUGGGGAGGAUGUGGCGGCGCGCAUAAUGUCUUUUUCUCAGAAGGGUCCACGCUCGGUUUGCAUCCUCUCUGCCAAUGGGACAAUAUCUAAUGUAACAUUGAGGCAGCCGGAUGCAUCUGGUAGCACCUUCACCUAUGAGGGCCGUUUUGAGAUUCUGCAAUUGAUGGGCUCCUUCACAAUGGCUGAGGAAGGCAGGAGGAGAACUGGUGGGCUGAGUGUCUCCCUUGCUGGCCCUGAUGGCCGUGUAGUUGGUGGUGUAGUGGCCGGGAUGCUGCGUGCUGCGAGCCCUAUACAGGUGAUCGUGGGAAGCUUCCUGCCCAACAGCUUGAAGCAGCACCAGAGGAGGAUGAGCCUGCAGCAACAAGCAUCCGCUACCCCGGCACUACCGGCACCAACGGCGCCCCCUCCCGUCCUCACAGCGGCGAUGCCAAUCUCCCAGGCAGCUCCCGGCAACGGCUUCCAUGCGCCGCCACCCUCCGCCGCGCCACCCCCGCAGCCCCACGCCAGCGCGGAGGAGCACGGCGCCAUGAACCUGAACGCGACGGGGUUCACCACGGUUGGCUGGCCUGCAAGCUCGCAGCCGGUGGCGCACAGGGCUUCACCUGACAUCAACGUCAGCCUGACUCCCCAGGAGUAGAAGAAGAAGUGGUUAUGGUGGUUGUCAUUCUUUUUUUGUCGCCUGAUCCCUGACACAUUUUGUAGGGCGUGGCACUUGCUGUCCAAGUGUGGUACACUGAUACUAGCUGACCAGCUAAGCGUGUGCUUGGGUGGGGAGAAACCAAAGCUAGAAAUGAUGAAGUGGUGUUUAAUCUAGCCAGGAACGGUAGAAUGGGGUAGAUGCUCUGAUGGACUCAUCUGUUUCUCUUCAGAGUGGAGAGAGAUGCCAAUUUGUUGGGUUACUGUUGUUGAAUCUGGCCAUGUCUGUGGCUGUUGAUUUAGUUCUAGUCCCUUUUCAUCA